GCAUUUUGUCAUAAAAACGUCACAUUUAAAAAGAUAAAAUAAAGAUGAAUUUUAUGAAACUGGUUAGAAAAACGUUUGGAAGUAAAUCUUAUUUAAAAAUAUGUCGUAGUUAUUCCAGAAAGCCCACUUGUAAGUCCAAAUUUCCGAUAAUCAAUCACCAUUAUGAUGCCAUAGUUGUUGGAGCAGGUGGAGCAGGUCUAAGAGCUGCAGCAGCGUUAGUCCAACAUGGUUUCAAAACAGCUUGUAUUACAAAAAUGUUUCCAACACGGUCACAUACUAUUGCAGCACAAGGAGGGGUGAACGCAGCUUUAAGUCACUUUGAGGAUGAUUGUUGGAAGUGGCACUUUUACGACACCGUCAAAGGCUCUGAUUGGCUCGGAGAUCAAAGUGCUAUCCACUACAUGACGAAAGAUGCUCCUAGAGCUGUCCUAGAGUUAGAAAAUAUCGGAAUGCCGUUUUCAAGAAACAAAGAUGGUCGAAUUUACCAAAGGGCAUUUGGAGGACAGACUUUAAAAUAUGGAGAAGGCGGCCAGGCUCAUAGAACUUGUGCCGCUGCCGACGCUACAGGACACUACAUGCUGCACGCGCUCUACGGGGAAGCAGUAAGGCAGAAUGUUAAAUUUUUUAUAGAAUAUUACGUAUUGGAUCUUCUAGUAAAAGAUGAAAAGUGUUUGGGAGCAUUAGCAUGGAAUUUAGAGGACGGAACCCUGCACAGAUUCUUUUCAAAUAAUACAGUACUGGCCACUGGCGGUUUUGAACGGGCAUAUUUUUCGUGUACUGCCGCACACACCGUAACCGGCGACGGGACAGCAAUGGUGUCUAGGGCUGGCUUCCCAUUACAAGAUUGUGAAUUUAUGCAGUUCCAUCCAACAGGUAUUUACGGUUGUGGUGUUUUGGUUACUGAAGGAGCUAGAGGAGAAGGUGGCUUUUUGCUAAAUAGCAAAGGUGAACGUUUUAUGGAAAAAUACGCGCCAAAAGCUAAAGACCUAGCCUCAAGAGAUGUCGUGUCGCGAUCCAUGGCAAUGGAAAUUAUGCAGGGUAGGGGGUGCGGUCCUGAUGGAGAGUAUAUUCACCUUCAAUUGAGUCAUCUACCAAAAGAGAAAAUUUUACAACAGUUACCAGGAAUAAAACAAACAGCAAUGGAUUUCGCUGGUGUGGACAUAUUAAGGGAACCUAUACCUAUUGUGCCUACAGUACAUUACGCUAUGGGAGGUAUUCCGACCAAUUAUAAAGGACAGGCACUGACUCAAGUGGCUCCCAGUGAAGACAAACUUAUUGAAGGCUUGUACGCUUGCGGAGAAUGCGCUUGUGUAUCUGUACAUGGAGCAAAUAGAUUAGGAGCUAACUCUCUUCUGGAAACUGUUGUAUUUGGUAAAGCUGUUGCGGACGCAAUUUCUGAAACACAUUGUCCUGGCGAUGUAAUAAAUAUUGACGAGAGUCUGGGUCAGAGAUCAUUAGAAAAUUUCGAUAGAACGCGGAAGGCGGAUGGAAAGCAAACAGUGGGAGAGUUGCGGCUGAAACUUCAGAGGACGAUGCAGAAGCACGCGGGCGUCUUUAGAACGCAGGAACUUUUGGAAGAAGGAUGCAAGCGAGUAUCUGAGCUCUAUUGUGAAUUAGACAGUAUCAAGGUAAAAGAUAAAGGAAUGAUAUGGAACACAGAUUUGGUAGAAGCAUUGGAACUUCAGAAUUUAUUCAUAAAUGCCCUACAAGCAAUUUACGCUAUGGAACAAAGAAAGGAAUCCAGAGGUGCUCACGCAAGAGACGAUUUCCCGAAACGGUGUGAUGAAUUCGAUUACACAGCUCCUUUGGAAGGUCAAACGAAAAAAGAUAUUGACGAUCAUUGGCGCAAACAUACAUUGUCGUGGAUGAAUAUUGAAACAGGAGAAAUAUGUUUUACCUUCAGACCUGUAAUUGACGAAACUUUGGAUCCGAAUGAAGUCCAGACUGUUCCUCCCAAACCCAGAGUAUAUUAGUUUUAGCUAAAAUUAAACGUUUCCGAAGGUUUUUAAAUAAAUAUUAU